CCACCACUUCUCUAUCAUCAUCAUGUCCGACACCGGCCGCCAGAGCUUCACCGACAAGGCCUCCGCCGCGCUCAAGCCCGACUCUGAGAAGUCGACGACCGAGCACAUCGGCGACAAGUUCAAGGGCAAGAGCGACUCGGCCGCUUCCACCCUCGAGCCCCAGGGCGAGAAGUCCACCUCGCAGCGCGUCGGCGACGCCGUCAGCGGCAACUCCAACCAGACCGAGCCCUCGCUCACGCAGAAGGCGAAGAACGCCGUUGGUCUCGGCAACAACUAAGCGGGAGUGGAUGGACAAUCAUAACAGCAUAUGUAACAUCAUUGUAUUGCGGAAUGUAUAAUUGACGUACACGACA